AUGGAGUUAUUUUUUCUCCUCUUUAUGAUUGAUUACGUUGAAGAUAAGCAUUGCCAAAUAUUAGGAUACGAGUCACAACAAUUUGGAUAUUUUGAUUUCCCGUAUAAUCUUACAUUUAGAGUGAAAUUUAAAGAUGGUAAUAACCAAUGCAAGGAAAGAUCUGAAUACUGUUUUCUACGAAAUAAUAUUGUUGUAGAUAAUAAUAAAAGAGAUGUGAGCAUUUCCUAUUACGCUUGUCCUGGGGAAAAUCAAGGAAAUUUUUGCUUUAUCUAUAACUUUACUUUAGCCCUUAGAAAUCUAACGGCUAAUGAUUUAGGCAAUUACAGUUUCUUAUUCGGUUCUCAUAGCUGUGGAUGCAUACUGUCAAAUCAAUUAUUCGUCGAUUUAAAAGCUCGAGAAUGCAUUAAUGAUGGUAUAAUUAAUAGCACAAGGCAAGAUACAUCAUCUACAAAAGUAGCACUUCAGUGUACAGCUAGUGGAAACCCAAGGCCAACAAUCGUCUGGACAAGAUAUAAUGAUGGCAAAGACGAUGAUUUUAUAGCCAAACCAAAUCAUAUUGUAAUUAAUAUUAUCAGUCAAACUACUAUUCAUAGUACUUUAAACCUGGAUCGAACUCAAGCAUACCAGACUGGAAAUUUUUCAUGCAAAUCUAAUAAUCUCUGCAAAUCUGUACGAUCUAAUUCUAUUUGGAACGUUACACCACCUUCUGUCGACAAACCAAAAUAUUUUUUACCUUUUAUUCUGAUUGGCUUAUCUACCAGUAUCGCUGCUAUUGCGUUUCUGGCAGUCAUUAGCAGAUCGGUUUAUAGAAGAACUAUCGUAAGAAGAAAGAAAGAAUUAGUCCGUCAAGUUACUCCUAGUCGUCAAAAUAUUCUAAUUGCAUGUCACGGCCCGAUUCCAAGUCCAGUCACCGAGUUAGUCGAUAAUUCCUUACAGGAUAUCUCAUUCGACGGUCGGAUGUGGGAAAUCAAUAAUAUUAAUGGAAAGACAUACGAACUAGAAGUCUAUUAUGAAAAGAUUCAAUACUUUAACUUGAUAAUAUUAAUACUUAUGGACGACAAUGUCACUCGAUCCGAUAGUCACAAUUUCAAUCAUUAUUUGCGUAGUAUUAUCAAUAAGUGUAUUAUCGAUGAGAGAGCAAUCAUAGCAAUUUCUGUGAAUCGUCCUCAAAAUUUUUCUUAUCUACUGGAUGAAAUCGAAUAUCUAGAAUGGACUGAUGACAUGAAUGUAAAUUUACAAAUUGAAUUUCAUGAAAGAUUAGAGGAAACUUUACAUUAUUUCACCGACUCAGCACAAUUCGACAGAACUGCUUAUGAUGAUGGCGAAUCUGUUUAUUUUCUUGGAGAUGAUGAUGAUGAAUCUCCACUGCUACAGUCCCGUGACCAUCAUUAUUAA